AUGCUAGCCAGUCCACAAGUGCGUUGCUAUACUUUUUAUGCUUUGAACUUUAGCAGCUAUACCAGUGCAGUGCACGUUGGUAAUGCUGUUUCUAUCAAUAAGUGGCAGCCAAGUUUGGGUGAGCAGCAGGAAAGGGAGUUGCUAGCUUCUUCAUGUAAAGUUGUAGCAAAUGAUGUGGAGCCGAGGUACUCAUCUUUGUCUCCCGAUCAGCUUCGUAAAAAAGUGCAUCUUCGUUCACGUUCUUCCGCUUUCGCCGCUCUGCUCCGAUUGCGGUCCAAGCUUUUGACGAAAAUCCAUGAGUAUUUUAUGAAGCGUGGCUAUGUCCAUAUUGAUACGCCAGUUAUCACAGCGAAUGACUGCGAAGGAGCUGGGGAAACGUUUUCCAUAGCUGAACCGACUUCAGGGGAGGAAUUCUUUGCUAAGAAAGAUGCUUUUCUGUCCGUCAGUGGUCAGCUACAUCUAGAGGCCAUGGUAAGAGUCGUUAUAUCCUUUUGGAGAUGGAGAAUUUCUCUGAAACUGUUAUUCUUGACUCGCGCAGCCUUAUUCACAAGUAUAGCGGAAACUGUUGGAGAUUUUCAUGGUGAUCGAGGAUUUGCUUGGGUCAGAGCUGGACUUGUGGUAAAAGUUAUUGAUGGAGACAUUGCAUUGGUUCGAGUGGAGUCGUCAAGCGAAAAAUUUGUAACCAGCCGGAGCAUCAGAGCUUGUGACAAAUUUGUUAUCAAAUAUCGACGAAAGGAACUUUAUGGUCUUUUGAGAACAGCUGAGACAGGAGUUGAGAAGAAUGCGAUACUGAAAGUUGUGAAUUCCGUUACCGGGAAGUUGGAGUGAAUGCAAUGCUUUGUUCUCUGCGCUGUAUAUAAACCAUGUUGUCUGUUCUUGUUAGGCUGAAGAUGAUGAUAUGCCAUCUCCACUUAGGCUUUCAAAGCAAAAGAUCAUAAAGUGAAUGUUAAGAGUAGAAUAAAAUCAAAAUCAUCCUCU